GCGCGUCCUUCCCGGUAGCUUGUCGCUAGUGUGUUCCGCUCCGGCCGCCGGUUUCGCCUGAAUCCACAUCCCCAAAGGUGCUAGGAGGGCAAAGAGUGGUAUUGGUUUUCAUGUUUGCAAACCUCGUGUCUGCCCUAGAAGAUGACAGUGUCCUUCUCCUACCUGCUUCUGCGCUCUGUGUCGCCACAGCGUGUGUCCCAGAGCCUCCGGAAAACUCCGCCGCACACUCAGAGAGAAUGAGAAAGGAACAGGCAGUUAUGGCGUAACAUUAUUAUGGAAACAAUUUAAACUAAAUGGACCCCCGGGCCGCACUUCGAGAACCGCUGAUUUAAACUAAUGUGUUUGUUAUCAUAAAAGAAAUUCUGUACGCAUUGUGGAGACACUUUAAGCAUUCAGAAAACUGGACGGAAGACCAUGAAAGCUGCCCAUCGUGUUAUAAGCCAGUGUUUGUGUUUAAUAGUAAAGUGUCCCCACCAACCAGUGGCUGGGAUUCGAGGCAGGUCGGGCUGUUGUACGCGGCCUUGGGUUUUGAAUGGGGACGAGAAAGGUCUGAUACUCCACAAAGCUGAUGCCGGUUCCUGGUUGCAGGCGGACCUGAGCCGGAACCUUCUCCUUGGCCACUGUCUUUUCCAAGGACCUCGCCUUCCAGAGCCCGCCGGCACAGACCUGCCAGGGGACCCUCAUAGGAGCAGAGAAAAUGGUGGUCUUCAGGCAGCUGUCCCUGGGUGUGAAGGCUGCCCUGGGCGGCACUGUCUUCGUGUCCAUGAUAAUCUCCCGCUCCUACCUGUCCGAGAGCUUGCGGCUGGGAGCCUGGCGCUGGCUGUUCCGCCUGCAGCUUGCCCUGUUUGUCAACUCGCUCAUGCUGAUCGGCUCCCUCUACAUCUGGCGGAGCGCAGUCAGCAACCUUAGCCAUUCCCCAGCCUCGGAGUCAGCCUGCUUCCAGCUUUGGAAGGCGGCCGUUGUGACGUUCCUGGCCUUGGCCCAUUCCAGUUUCUUCACCAUGCUCUUUCUGGUGGCCGAGGAGCCCUAUCUGUUUUCCUUGGCCGCCUACUCCUGCCUCGGGGCGUACAUCAUCAUGCUGUUCUUCCUCUGUACCCUGAGCGGCAUGGAGCAGGCCUACCAGCUCUUGGCCUGGCGCAGUGGCAGGGUCGUGGGCAGCCUUGACAAGACAAGGAAGCUGACCCUCAGGCCGGCCCUGGCGGUGGCGGUGACCGCCGUGCUCAGCAUAGCCGGGCUUCUGAACGCUGCCCAGCCCCCGCUGGUAAAAACCGUGGCGGUGCCCAUCCAUCAGCUGCCCCCCUCGAUGGACAACCUCAAGGUUGUGCUCCUCUCAGACAUUCACUUGGGCCCCACCGUGGGCAGGACCAAAAUGGAGAUGUUCGUGAGGAUGGUGAACCAGCUGGAACCGGACGUCACGGUGAUCGUGGGCGACCUCUGCGAUUCAGAAGCCUCCGUCCUCCGGACAGCCGUGGCUCCUUUGGGCCAGCUUCAUUCACGCCUGGGCACCUACUUUGUCACCGGGAAUCACGAGUACUACACGUCCGACGUCAGCAACUGGUUCGCACUGCUGGAGUCCCUGAACGUCAGGCCCCUUCACAAUGAGAACGUGAAGAUUUCCGCCACAGGGGCCCAGCAGGCUGGUGCUGGGGAUGACGACUGGAUCUGCUUGGCCGGGGUGGAUGACAUCGAAGCAGACAUCCUGCACUACUCCGGCCACGGCAUGGACCUCGAGAAGGCCCUAGGGGGCUGCAGCCCGGACCACGCCACCGUCUUGCUUGCUCACCAGCCCCUGGCUGCCAAGAGAGCCCUUCAGACUCGGCCAGAUAUUAAUCUGAUCCUUUCUGGGCACACACACGCUGGGCAAAUCUUCCCCUUGAAUGUGGCGGCCUAUCUCCUGAACCCCUUCUUUGCCGGUCUCUACCAAGUGGCCCAGACCACAUUUGUGUACGUCAGCCCAGGCACGGCCUACUAUGGGAUCCCCAUGAGACUGGGUAGCAGGGCAGAGAUCACAGAGCUCAUCCUGCAGCGGGCUGUCUGAACCUGGCCCUGCCCCAUCUGCCUCUUAAUUACCCCUGCCCUCUGUUCUCUGUUCCUCUUCAGAGCAGGUCGCCUGCUUUAUGUCCUCCUGCCUUUCCUGCCCAGCCCUGCCCACACACGCUUGUCACGAGGCUGGCCUAAACAGUGAUUUCUGGUAGAGCUGCCUGGCAGGUUAACUCUGUAGAUGGCCAGUUGCUUUUUACUAUGCACUUGUGAGGCCACUAAAGUCACAUGCAUGAGGACAGGCACCUGUUUUCCAGAUGACAUGGAGUAAACCUUCUUUUCUACAGAGCUCGUAGGCAUAAACGAAACAUGGGGUUGCUUGAAAUGUGCACCUCUAGGAAGCAGAGUAGGGAAGGUUCUCUGAGUGCUUUUUAAACCCUCUCUAGGACUUAGGCCGUUUCCAGGACCACUGAUGCAGAGCUUUCUGGGCAAGGGGCCACAUUGCUAGGUAACCUGGGUGAGCAGGUGAGACAGAGGCCCUUCUGGCUGCUGAAGAAGAAUUUCUUGUCCCCCUUGGUUCUUGCCGAGUCAUCUUUAUCGAGGGCAUCAGCAAAACCUGCUGGAAUACAGAGUUCAUCCUGUUCCAGACCUUGAGCGAUGCUAUUUUACUGCCAGCGCUCCUGGGCCUGUGGGGUUGGGGGUGGGGAUGCAAACAAACAGCUUCGUGGUCAGUGAUGGUAAUAGUGCUGCGCAGCAAUUCAGAGGGUGUUUGCCUCCUUUUAUACAAUAAUUGGGUGAGGUAAUUAAGGGCAGGCUCCUUCCCCCUGUCUAGAGAUGAGAAACGGAGGCAACGAGCUGUAGGCACUAGCAACAGGACAAGGUGUGUAGGAGAUUCUGGGCUAGAAGUCAAGUCUGUUUCCCAGUGAAAGUGUUCUUUCCACUGUCGGUGGUCCAGGAGCUGUGUCUGAUUCAAAGAGUUACCAGGAUGAAGAGAACAAAAAGGGGCUAGAAUCUGAUGUUCUUUCAAAGUGGUUGUUUGCUUGAGGCUGAUUUCAGUUCACCCCUAACUGCCUGGGCCAGGGCCUGGAGGGGAGUCGGCUGGUUUCAGUGUGGGACGUCUGUUAACACUGGAGGGAGAGUUAGAAAACUGGACGCUCCCAACCCCUCACUCUCUACCAGCAGGGGCAGGGGGAGUUGCAUUGCAGAGCCCCUCGGCCCUGCCUCCCAUUGGGCUAUGGAGUGCAGGGACCAUCCUUCCUACUGGCCGGCUCCCUGCCCCCUGGCCUGACCUCAUCAGACCUGUCCUAGGACUCUGGCCACAGAUCAGAGGGCCAUCUGUGCUGCCACUGGACCCAUGGCAAAACAGGCAGAGGUUACUAUGUCUGGAGUGACUUUACCUCUGUUGGUCCGGCCCUUAUGAGACCCUUUAGCCCUGGGGUAGCAAUAAGCAGGCGUGCAAGGAAAGGCCUGUCUGAGAAGAUGGAGGACCUGGGCUCAGUGUUGACAUUUUUGUGACCGACAGUCACUCUGAUGCGAGGUCACCCUGCUGCUCACAGGUCAGGCAGUGAGGUCAGACGUGACCUCACUGAGCCUCGGUUUCCCUCACCCUAAAUGGAGAUAUUAUUAUAGCUACCUCAACACUGUGUCGUGGGGAGGGCACUGGGACGUGGCGCAGGAGUUGCAUGUGGCACAGUCACCGUGGAAGCACGCGGUGUGGCUGCUUUGUAAACAUCAUGUGGGGGCUUGCUAAGGAACUGCGUUGGGUACAGGUGCCAGGGAAUUUAUGGAGCAGACAGCCCUGGGGAUGUGAGUGGGUUGCGAACCUCCUGCUGCCAGGCCCCAGUGAUUUGCUGGGGGGUCGCUUUCCUCUGCCUGUGUUAAGUCUCCUGUGAACUCUGCCUGGUGGGUAAUGGAAUCCCGGGGGAUCCUGAAGCCCACCUUGUUACAUCCAAAGUAUUGACAGCGGGCCUUCCAGUCCGGUGUGGCUGAUUCCACCCUAUGAGACACAAGACAGGGCCAUCUUAGGUGUCCAAGGAAUAGUCAGCAGCACCUCCCACUUGGCUUGUAUUCCGUGAUGCGGUGGGAGUUUCCCAGCAGAAACGACUCCUUUACUGUCCAGAUGCGGCCCGGAAGGGCCGCUCUCUCCCGGGCACCCUCUGCACUUCUCUUCCUCACACACGGACCUUCUUUGUUUGUGGCUGGAGGAAGUGGUGAGAAAUAGUUACUUGGAGCUUGAAAAUUCAGCUUCCAUUCUGGAUUUUUUUUUUAAUCUGUAAAUUCAAGUGAAAUUGAAAUGCUUUUAAAAAACAACGAUGUCAUGUAUAGUAUGAUCCUAUUAUUGGGAGAUGUCACUGCAUUCACCCCACUGUCAUCCAUUCCAAACAUCCGUCUGUCUUUUUUCCCCUUUUUUUGUUUGUUUCGUUGUAGUUUUUUAUUGAGGAAAUGUAAGACAUAUUCACGAUGCAGAGAGGACGGCACUGCUCUCUCAGCACCCAGCGUCAAUGAUCGUGGAUAUUCUGCUGUUCUCUGUCACUCAUCCACACCCCACGCUCUUGCUCUUUUGGCUGGACUUUAAUAUUAAGGCAAAUCUUAGAAAACACAGUGUUACCCCAAAAUACUUCAGGAUGAAUCUCUUCUAGAAAAGCGUACACUAAUGCCGUUAUACCCAAUGAAAUUAAUAGUAAUUCUUUAACAUCACCUAAUACCUAGUUAGGAGGUGUCGGGGCUGGAAGCCAGGUCUUCUACCUCUCAGUAAAAGUGGUUUUUCCACUGCCUGAGGUUUAAGCCACUGUAUUGGUUACAGGUGACUAUCAGGAUUCAAAUGCAGUCUACUGUCGAAAGAGUUAGUAUGCAGUUUUUCCUGAGUAACUCAGUAGUUUUUUUUUUUUUUGUACUGUGGUAAAAAGCACAUAGCAUAAAAUGUACCACCUCAAUGAUUUCUAAGUGUACCGUUCAGUAGUGUUCAGCGUAUUCACACUGUUGUGGAACACGAUCUCCAGAGCUUUUUCAUCUUGCAGAUCGGAAACUCUGUACCCAUUAAACAGUAACAAACAGUAACUCCUCUUUUUCCCCUCCUCUCAGCCCCCAGUAACCACCAUUUUACAGUCUGUUUCUAUGAAUUGGACUACUCUGGGUUCCUUAUGUAAGUGGGAUCACACAUUGUUAUUUUUGUGAUGGCUUCUUUCCCUCAGCAGAAUGUGCUCAGUGUUCAUCCAUGCUGUAGCGUGGGACAAGACCUCCUUUCUAAGGCUGAGUAAUAGUUCAUUGCAUGUAUGUAUCACAUUUGGUUUAUUAUUUGUCCAUCAGUGGACAUUUGGGUUGCUUCCACAUUGUUUGUUUGUUUGUUGUUUCUUGUGACUAGUGCUGCUAUGAACAUGGGAAUGUAAAUAGCUCUUCAGGACCCUACUUUCUAUCCUUUUGGAUUCAUACCCAGCAGUGAGAUUUUUGAGGAACUUCCAUACUGUUCUCCAUAGCAGUUGGACCGUUUGACAUCCCACCGACAGUGCACAAGGUCCUCAUUUCUCUGUGUUUUCACCAGAACUUGUUACCGUUUGUUUUUUUGUUAGUAGUGUGAAAUGAUAACUUAUUGUGGUUUUGAUCGGCAUUCCUCUGAUGGUUAGUGACAUUGAGCAUCUUGUCAUGUGCUUGUUCAUCAUUUGUAUAUCGUCUUUGGAGAAGUGUCUAUUCAAAUAUUUCCCCCAUUUCUAAAUCAGGUUAUUUAACUCUUUGUUGUGUUGAGUUAUAAGAGUUCUCUUUAUAUUCUGUAUGAUUAACCCCUUAUGAGAUAUAUGAUUUGCAAAUAUUAUUCUAUUGCCCUUAAUGAGCAAAAGUUUUUAAGGAUGUCCCACUUGGUUAUUUUUUGCUUUUGGUGCCUGUACUUUUGGUAUCAUUCAAAAAAUCAUUGCCAAGUUCAGUAUCAUGAAACUUACAAUCCAUUUCAAGUUAAUUUUUAUAUAUAAUGUAAGGUAAGGGUCCAACUUCAUUCUUCUCAUGAGAAUAUCUAGUUUUCCCAACAUCAUUUGUUGACAAGACUAUUUUUGCCAUUGAAUAGUCUUGGCACCCUUGUCAAAGACCAUUUGAGCAUAUAUGUGAAGGUUUAUUUAUGACCUUUAAAAAAAAGAUUUUAUUUAUUUUAUAGGCAUGUGCCCUGACUGGGAAUUGAACUUGCCACCCUUUGGUUGGCAGGCUGGUAUUCAGUCCACUGAGCCACACAAGUGAGGACAAUUUAUGGCCUUUUUAUUCUAUUCCAUUGGUCUAUUUGUCUAUCUUUAUGCCAGUACCACAGUGUCAGUUUUGUAAUAUAUUUUGAAAUCAGGAAGUAUGAAUUUUCCAACUUUUUUUUAAUUGUUUUAGCUAUUUGAGGUUCCUUGAAAUUCCAUAUGAAUUUUAGGAUGAAUUUUUUUAUUUGUGAAAAAAAUGACAUUGGGGUUUUGAAAGAGGUUGCACUGAAUCUGUAAAUCAAAUUGGGUAGAAUGGACAUCUUAACAAAACUGAGUCUUCCAAUUUGUGAACAUUGAAUGUCUUUCCAUUUGUCUGUGUCUUCUUUAAUUUCAUUCAACAAUGUCUUGUAUGAGUCUUCACCUCCUUGUGUAGGUUUAUCCCUAAGUAUUUUAUUCUUUUUGAUGCCAUUAUAAAUGGAAUUGCCUUAAUUUCCUUUCUAGAUUGUUUAUUGUUAGUGUAUAGAAACACAGCUGACUUUUGUAUGUUGAUUUUUUGUCCUCCAACUUUGCUUAAUUCAUUUAUUAUUCUAGUGCAUAGAAUCUUUAAGACCUUCUACAUAUAAUAUCAUGUCAUCUGUGAACAGAGAUAAUGUUACUUCUUCCUUUCUAGUUGAUUGCCUCUUAUUUUCUUUUCUUGCCUAAUUGCUCUGGCUUAGAUUUCUAAUACUGUGCUGAAUAGAAGCAGUGUUGGCAAACAUCCUUGCCUUGUUCUUGAUCGUAGAAGAAGAGCUUCAGACUUUCACCAUUGAGUAUGUUAGCUGUGGGCUUUCAUACAUGGCCUUUAUUAUGUUGAUGUACUUUCCUUCUAUUCCUAGUUUGCUAUUCUAUUAUGAAAGGUGUUGGAUCUUGGCAAAUCUCUUUCGGCCUCAGUUGAGAUGAUCAUGUGGAUUUUGUUCUUCAUUGUGUUAAUACGGUAUAUUACUCUAAUCGAGUUUCUUAUGUUGAACCAUUCUUGCUUCCCAGGAAUAAAUCGUACUUGGUCAUAGUGUAUAAUCCUUUUAAUGUGUUGCUGAGUUCAUUUUGCUGGUAUUUUGUUGUGGAUUUUUGCAUCAAUAUUUAUCAGAGUAUUGGUUUAGAAAGUAUAACUUUUUGUUAUGUCUUGUCUGGCUUUAGUAUUAGGGUAAUGUUGACCUCAUAGAAUGAAUUGAGAAAUGUUCCUUCCUCUUCAGUUUUAUGGGAGAGUCUCAGGAGGAUUGGUGUACAUUCUCCAUUAAAUAUUGGAUACAAUUCUCUAACAAAGCUAUAUGGACCUGGGUUUUCCUUUGAGGAUUUGCAACUACUGAUUCAGUCUUCUUACUAGUUAUUGGUUUGUUCAGAUUUUUUCUUUCUUCAUGAUUCAGUCUUGGUAGGUUAUGUGUUCCUAGGAAUUUAUCUAUUUCUUCUAGGUUCCCCAAUUUGUUGGCACGCAGUUCACAGUAGUCUCUCCUAAUCCUUUUCAUUUCUGUGAUAUCAGUUGUAAUGUUUCCUCUUUCAUUCUAAUUUUAAUUAUUUGAGUCUUCUUUUUUCCUUAAUUAAUCUAGCUAAAGAUUUGUCAAUUUUAUUCUCUUUAAGAAAAAAAACGCUUAGUUUUAUUGAUUUUUUUUCCUAUGGUUUUUCUAUUCUCUAUUUUCACUUAUCUCUGCUCUAAUCUUUAUUAUUGCCUUCUGCUAUUCUUGGGUAUAGUUUCUGCUUGGUUUCUUGAGGAAUUAUGUCUCUGCAGUUCUUCUGUUUGAAUCAGGAUUCAAGAACAAGGUCCAUAUAUUGUAUGUGAUAUAUUUCUUAAGUCUCUCUAAGUCUGUUAAACACCCUCCCUCUUUUAUUUUGUGUCAUUUGUUAUUCAACUUACCAAGAUAUCAUAUCUUAGAAUUUCAUACAUUUUGGACUUGUGCUUCUGUUUAGUGUGUUGUCUAUUCCUCAUAUUUUUUAAACUGGUAGAGCUAGAGAUCUAUAAAAGUUAGAGCUAGAGGCUGGAUAGAAUCAAGUUCAACUUUUUCCCUUUUUUGAUACAAAGACUUCAUUGCUUCAGUGAUACUAAGAUUGACCCGUGGGUCCAGGUGUUAGCUUGAUCCCUCCACUAGAAUGUUUCUCAUCAACAUUUUAGUUAAUGUUUCAGCAGUCACUGAUGAGUGUUGCUUAAAUUCAUUAUUCCACUUCCAACUGCAAAUGGCGAUUUUUAAAAAAAUAGUGUGAUGCAUUAAAUUCAGGCUUGAGUAGGCCAGUGUACUCAAUAGGCUUUCUAGGAGUAGUUAGUUGGCUUUUAUAUAUUCAAGAGACAAUGGGAACUUCUCAAUUUUGCAUUCUGAAGGAGUUUCGGGGCACUCAGAAAUACAGCCCUUCCCUUGGCCCCCAAAAUAGUGAUUUUCAAUUUCAUCAUGUCUUCUGUGUUUAUUAGCUGUCAUUCUUCUGCAAAGAACUCUCCUCAUCAGUUGUUUAAUUACUCUGAAAAGUCUGUAGCAAAGGCAAAACAGACACCAGAUCCUUCUCCUUUGUUCAUUGAUUCUCAGAUUAAUGAAUUGCUGCCCCAGCAAUCUCCAGGAUAGCCAAUAAGCUUUCUUUGGGAUGGGAGAGAGUAUUAUGAAUUUGGUUAUUUUUAUACAUUUGAUGUGUUUCCAUCCAUUGAAGUGAUACAUCUUUUGAUGCUUCCGAUACCUCAUUUUUGGCCAAUUAUGCCAUUUUGUUGUGACCCUAAUAGUUUUUUGAUAGUUUUAGGCUUAUUUUGGACAUAUUCUGCCCCAAACUUAGGUUAAGUAAUUUUUUGAAGGCUCCUGGUUCUUUUAGUAAAUAAUAUUUACAGACCAUAAUUUAAGUGUUAGGGGAUCUCAUUGCUACGGGCUACUGGUCAGUUCUAGGCAGUUUCCCGUGGAUAUUGCUAAGAAAUACACACGUUUUUUUAGAGAAAGAAAAGAACUUAAUUUUAUAGUAAUAUUUCCAAGUCAGGUGGAAGAUUAUGGGCUUUUCAAAAAAUAGACUUUAUUUUUUUAGAAGGCAGUUUUACAUUCAUAGCAAAAUUCAGCGGAAGUCACAAAAUUUCCCCCUUAUCUCUGAUGACAGGGUUUUUACUUAACUUCUUUGACUUUGUUUGUUCUUUUUUUACUCGGAAAAUUUUGGUUCCUAACAACCCAUUGCAAUUACUUAAUUACUUUAUUCUACUAUAUACAUUAUAGAUUCAAAAUGGUAUACGAUAUUAGUACUAAGGUGAAAUCUACUGAACGCAGGUUGGUUGGUUUGUGUGUUUACCUAAAUGCAGUUUAAGGUGUAUUUUUAUCCCUAGGCAAGACAGUCAUUUCAGAUUCACUGGAAAUGAUUCUUUCCUGAUGUAUUUUUCUCCUUAGGCAAAAUAUAGUCAAACUACUACUUCAGAUUCACUGGAAAUGAUUCUUUCCUGUGUGUGAAGUUAGGUCUGUUUUUAACUUUUAAGAACUAGUUUAUAUUUUUAAAAUUUAUUUAAAAAGAAAAGCUAUGCACUUUUCUCUGAGAUGAAGGCGGAAAAUGAAAAAUCUGCCGAUGUGUGUGAGUCCUGGAGGAUUGGGAACUGGUCCCAACUGGGCUCCUUUUCCCUCCUCUUUCAUUGUAAUUUGUGCUCUUGAUCCACAGUCUUUUUGGAUGCUGAAUGAAAAUCUUUGCAAAACAAGACAGGCAUAAGUACCCUAUUUUGCCUUGUAUAAUGCUCACUUUUUGCCCAAAUUUUGGAGGGAAAAAUAAGGAUGUGAAUUACAUAUGGGUAGUACUAAUUCCAUAUUUAUAUAAAUUUUUUAAUUCUUUUAUUUAUGCUUAUGCAUUAAAAGUAUAACUGUAGAAAGCAAUAACGCUCUCCAUAUGCAAAAUAAUGUCCUGGAAUACAAUAAUUGGUUUGUUUCUAAAUACAAAUAAAUAAUUUAGAUUAAAAAUUAAAAUGAAAGAUUUUUUUUUUCCUGAAAGCUUGGGCCAAAAACGUGGGUGCGUAUUAUACCUGGCAAAAUAUGGCACGUAAACAGAAAUAUGCAUAAGCUCUAGCAGCUCGUACACAAAUUUCUCCAGGUCCAUAUUCAUUCUCACCAUUCCGUGUGUGGUGGUUUUGCUUCUCCAGCCUGUCUGAUGUAAUGGUGUUUCCAUGACAUUUCAUACUGGAAAGAUUGAUAGGCCUGGCAUAAUUCAAUUUGGUUCUCUAGUCAUCUGAAAUAGUCCUCCUCUUUCUCUGUGUUCUGUGGACUGUAGGGAAGCCGAUGAUGUGUAAAGACUCGUCCACCCCUAUGUUCUCCCCUUCCCAGAAUCCCUCUCCCCCUCAACCCCAGGGUACUAGCAACCUAGGAGGCUUGGGUCUCUGCCACCUUGGCCCUGAACAGCUCGUGUCAGGAAUCCCCCGGUCUCUUGGGUCUCUGGGGUGAAAUUGAAUGGGUAUGUAGAGUGUGGGGGAUGGAGAUCCACUGAGGAAGAACUUACCAGAGUUAACGGGGAGGGACCUGAAAACAACAUCCUCACACGAUCGGCGCAGCCCAGGUACAGGCUGUGAGGUCACUGAGCUCCUUCUGUUUCUUUAAUCGAACUGAGAAAUGUGCACAAGUAAUGGAAAUAUAAUUACCGUCUUUCCUGAGGACUAGAAACCUGGGGAAUGGUCACAUUACUUGGUGUUAUAAAUACCAGUGUUAUGUUUAAUGGGGUUUUUUAGAUGCUUAUUUACCACUGAAAGGACCUACACUGAACAAGUAACUUUAAAAAUGUUCCAUUGGACAGUAUUAAGUCCCUGAUGUCAACUGAAUAAAUAACUUAAAAAAUGUUACAUUGGAUAGUAUUAAGUCCUGAUGUAUACUUGGUUUGGGGGUAAACAAGUGAUAUUGUUUAUAUUUCGUGGUUGUUUUCCUCCAGUAAUAUAUAUAUAUUAUGUACAACGGGGAACCUUGGGAAGAUGUGGUCCUGGCGUUGCUUGGAUCGAUUUAUUGAUGUGUGGUUGCUGUGACUUUAUGCAUUGUAAGUACGUAUGCUACCACCCCCCUGUACGUGUGAAAUAAAACUGCCUCUUCAGCA